GGAAAUAAUACAGGAGGAAUGAGGGGAAAGAGAAAGAAGAAGCAAAGCAGAAAAAAGGGAAAAAACAGGAAAAAAAAAGUUAAUUUCCAGGAAGAAAUGAAGUGAGUACCAGAGAGACAGAGUCCUCAGAAAAAAAAGGUUUACGUGUUCGUUCUGCUGGAGCUUUCAGUAUGGCACUGUUUCUUUUCUGCAAGUCGCCCACAGGACAAGUCAGGAUGACCAGAAUACAACUUGUCCUGUGCUGUUUUUUGCUGUCUCUUAUCAUCUACUUCCUCCAGGGUCAUAAAGCUGCUGUCAAUGCGAAGUUGGCUCCUAAUCUCUUCCGUGUCCCUGGAAAGGAAAGAGCAGUGACCCAUGCGAUGGUUGUCAAGUCUGAAGAGGUGCAAACUCCUGUGGAGACAACGUGGGGUGCUCCUUUGGUGUGGGGGGACAAAACCAGCUCAGCUUGGUACAGAGCAAAAUUUGCCCAAAAGGAAAUCCGCACUGGUCUGUUGGUCCUGGUUGUGGGAACUUACGCUCGCUUCAUCCGACGUUUCCUCUCCUCCGCCGAAGUCUACUUUCUUCCCGGUAAAAUGGUAACGUAUUACAUCCUGACCGACAGUCCCAGCUUCCUGGAUCCCCCGAUCGAGCUGGAGCCUGGGCGUUUGCUGAAAGUGGUUCCCGUUGCAGAGCUGCCUGGGUGGGACAGGUUGUUUUAUCGGCGGAUGAGCCUGCUUGCUGACACCAUCAGAAACCCAGUCGGAGAGGAGGUGGACUACGUCUUCUGUGCCGAUGUUGACCAGGAGUUUGUGGCCCCUGUCGAAGACGAAAUCUUUGGAGACCUGGUGGCUACGCUGCACCCCGAACUUUACGGAAUGCCGAGAAACGCUUUCCCUUAUGAAACGGAAGAAGCUUCAUCAGCUUGUGUGGAGGAAGAUGAAGGGGAUUACUACUACACCUCAGAGUUCUACGGUGGGCUGGUUUCUGAGGUGUACAAACUGGCUCGUGCUUGUUCUUUCCUCAUUCUUCAGGAUCAGGCUAAUGGGGUAGCGGCCAGGGGGCUUGAGGAGAGCUACCUGAACCGCUACCUGAUCGACCACAGGCCAAGCUGUGUGCUGUCGCCCGAGUACAGCUGGUGGGAUUCAGCCCUGGCUGCGAACGUGCCUGUCCAGAGGCUGGUUUCUCUGGGACGGCAAUGUGAGGCUUAUGAUCAGCAGCAGAAGGAGCGGAACAGAUGUUGAGUUGUUGCCAAAGAACAAGAGAGUUCUGCUUGUCAAACCCAUUCAAGUAUGGAUGUAGAUUUCCCUCCUACCAAAUGGACUUAGACCUCUGGUCAAAAACCUGCAGACAGGAAUACAUUGACAUGAGAGAAAAAAAUGAUAAAGAUAAAGCACACAUUUGGUUGAAUUCAGGUUGAUGAUUAAAUUGUCUCCUCUGUCUGCCAAUACAUGUAUCUUCCAAUCACAGUGUCACAAAGUGAACAAUCUGGACUGAAUAAAAGACCCAUUUGUGCAGACAGAGCCUUUGUGUGACUAUCUCCUUUGCCACUAUCUUCCACCACAGACAAAAAAGGAAAUUAACCUGUCUCUUUAAACGAGGCGCUGUUCUCUCCAUUAAUGUCAGCCUCGGAGUUACUGCUUCAGAGGCUUUGUGUUCAGUGGCGAUAAGAGUCAACAGUGUAAGUGCACACUUUCCCCACAUUGGCCAAUCAUUAACUGGAAGAGCUGCUGUUUCUCAAGGGCUUUAAAGACCAGGUGGGUGAAAAUAGAUCCGACGGGAUGUGGACUUUCCAAAUAACACGUGUCUAUAUGUUUG